GUGGGAUGGGCCGGGUCAAGCCGGGCCCCGCCGCUCCGACGGUGAUGGCGGCCCAUAGGCUACGACCGCCCCGCCGCGCCCGGGCCGGGGCCGCGCUGCUGCUGCUGCCGGUUUUGAUGCUGGUGCUGAGCCGCGGAGCCGCGCAAGAGCUGAGCCCCCGCGGCAGGAACGUCUGCAGGGCCGGCGGCUCCUUGGUGCUGGUGUGCUGCCCGGGAUGGAGGCAACAAGGAAGCGAGUGUUUACUAGCUGUGUGUGAGGGGAACUUCACCUGCAAGGAGAAUGAGGUGUGUGUCAGACCUGGCGAGUGCCGCUGCCGCCACGGCUACUUCGGGGCCAACUGUGACACCAAGUGUCCCCGGCAGUUCUGGGGUCCUGACUGCAAGGAGAUGUGCAGCUGCCACCCCAACGGGCAGUGUGAGGACGUGACCGGACAGUGCACGUGCAACCCCAACCGCUGGGGUCCCAAAUGCGAGAACAUCUGCCUCUGCAAGCAUGGCAAGUGUGACCAGAAGACAGGAAAAUGCACCUGCGAGCCCAACUGGUGGGGACCCCAGUGCUCCAGCUCCUGCUAUUGCAGCCACAACUCCCAGUGUGACCAGCAAACAGGCAACUGCCUGUGCCAGCCGGGCUGGUGGGGCCGUGGCUGCAACAACCAAUGCUCCUGCAACAACUCACCCUGUGAGCAGUUCACCGGGCGCUGCCAGUGCCGGGACCGCACCUUUGGGCCACGCUGUGACCGCUACUGCCAGUGCUACAAGGGCAAGUGCAACCAGGUGGAUGGGACCUGCACCUGUGAGCCUGGCUACCGGGGCAAGUACUGCCGUGAGCCGUGCCCAGCUGGUUUAUACGGCCAAGGCUGCAGGAGGCGGUGUGGGCAGUGCAAGAGCCUGCAGCCGUGCACUGUGGCCGACGGGCGCUGCCUGACCUGCGAGGCAGGCUGGAAUGGCACCAAGUGUGACCAGCCCUGCUCACCUGGCUUCUACGGAGAGGGCUGUGAGAAGCUCUGUCCCCCCUGCAAGGAUGGCCACACCUGCAACCACAUCAAUGGCAAGUGCUCCCAUUGCAACCCAGGCUGGAUUGGAGACCGGUGCGAAACCAAGUGCCGGAAUGGGACGUAUGGGGACAACUGUGCCUUUGUCUGCAGCGACUGCGUCAAUGGGCAGUGCCACUUCGAGACUGGACGCUGCCUCUGCCACCCCGGCUCCCACGGCACCUUCUGUAACCUGACUUGCCCCCCUGGCCACUAUGGAGCCAACUGUGCCGAAUUCUGCAGCUGCCACGACGGGGCCUGUGACCCACUCACGGGUGCCUGCCACAUGGAGGCCAACCAGAGGAUGGGGGUGAUCGGAGCAGGAGCUCUCCUGGCCCUGCUGCUCAUCCUUCUGCUCUCCCUGCUCUGCUGCUGCUGCGUCUGUCGCAAGAAGGAUGAAGCCCAUAGCUCCAGCCAGGACCCAGCAGCAGCCAAGAAGCCUCCAAGACGCUUGUGUGGGCGUUUCAGUCGCAUCAGCAUGAAGCUCCCACGCAUCCCCCUGCGCCGUCAGAAGCUGCCCAAGGUCGUGGUGGCCCACCAUGACCUGGAGAACACGCUGAACUGCAGCUUCAUCGAGCCACCCUCUGUGGUGGAGCAGCCUUCCCCGUCCUGGUCAUCCCGUGGGUCUUUCUCCUCCUUCGACACCACAGAUGAGGGGCCAGUGUACUGUGUCCCCAUGAAGGAGAGCAUGGGCGACAGCAGGGACCGGGGAACACCUGCCAACACCGGGGACAAGGUGGUGGCCCCAGCUGGUGGUGAAGAAGCAGGCGAAUACACCCUUCUGAAGGAGACAGGCUUUGUCAGAGCUUCCCAGCCGACAGCAGUGAAACGCCGCUGCCUCAAGUCCUCGGACAGCGAGCGCUCCUCCUGCGGCUCAGGCUCGGCCGGCGCUGCCUCUAUUGCCCGGGUCGCUCGCCUCUCCAAGCAGUCCAAGGAGGAGGAGGAUGCUGGCGUGGAGCCCCGCAGCUCCGGGAAGCCGCCAUCCCCAGAGAGGACCAAACCCCGUCCCCCAGACCCAGCGACGAAGCCCAAAAUCUCCUGGAUCCACGGCAGGUACAACUCCAGCCAGUCCAAUUCCCUCCCGGCACCCAGCCGGUCCCCAGAGCGAGCAGCCACCCUGUCUGGAAGCCCCGAGCAAGGCCAGGGCUUGGAGAGGAAGAGGAGCCCCAGCGAGACCUCGGCUGGCAUACAGGGCAGAGCAGAGGAGAAGGGCAGCACGCGGAGCAAGAAGCAACCAAAGGAGCCUGGUGUCCCCGAGGGCAAAGCCAGCCUCCCCGGAGAGUCCCAGUCCUCCUCCAAGGCCAAGCAGAGGAGCAAAGCCAGCUCAGAGCCAGCAGAGAGCAUCAAUGGGGCAGUGCAGAAUGCCUUCCGAAAGAUGGGUGCCUUCCAGCCGGAGCGGUGGGGCGGGGACAACAAGGAUGCUCCUCGCAGCCCCAACACCAGCAAACCUCGCUCCGAGCCCCUCCACCCCCACCUGGCCUCUGAGCUGGCUGCCCAGCUGAAGGAAAAGACUCAGAGCCUCAACAAGGGGGAUGGAGGCACCCGUGCCAAUGGAGUAGGCAGCCAGAGGGAGAAGCACCCUCCUCAGAAAGCCAAGCGCUCAGCGGCUGCCGGGAGCCAGAAGACCAGCAAGCCCUUGCUGCCCACCUCUCCCCACCUGCAAAAACUGAUUCCCUGGGUGGCUGAGCCAACUGCCGGGGAGCCCAAGCGGGUGGGGAAGCCGAGCACUGGCAGCAGCCAGGACCAGGCUCUCUCCCUAGCGAGCAAGUGGCCAAGAAAAACCCCCAUUAAAAAGCCUCCAGGAAGAAGAGCCGAGAAGCCCAGCCUGGAGCAGCCCAGGGCAACCACCAUGCCCGCCCAGGCCGUGCAGUGACCAGGAGAUGGGCACCGGCCCCUUGCCGGCCGGUCAUGCACUGGGAAGAAGGACGUUUGCCAGCAUGGCCACGGACUGGGCAGGGGCAUUUGAAGAGCCCGUGAGCUUCCAUUUGCCCCCCACCGUAUCUCUCGUUCCCCUUUUUCCUUUAUCCUCCCCUGCCCCAGGACCUGUCCUCCCCUCCAAGCCCUGCUGCCUGCUCCCUGCCUGGGUCUGGCAGCUCACCCUCCCGUGCAGGGCAGGACCACAGGGAGCCGGCCUGGCCGCCAAUCCAGGGGCGGGGAGGGAAUGGUCCGUGCGUGGCAAUGUAUAAUCCCGUCCACCCCUUUUUGUUAGCAGUAUUAUCGAUCACAUAAGCAGCGCUUGUUGUACUAGACUUACCACCGUAUACUUCUGCAGUAACGGAGCCACUCGCUUCCCAACCCACUCGGGGUCCGUCAGGCUUGCGGAGCUCGGGAGAGGGAGUGUGCUGCUGCCCGGGCAACUCAGGGCACCACCAGGGAUGUGCCCCCAUCCAUCACCAGAGGAAAACCCCUGCCCCCAACACACUGGGCUCCAGGCACAGCUCUCCACAGCCGGGACCCACCGCAGCCAUUGUGUGCCCGGUGCCGGCGGUCGAGCUGGUUUCGACCGGAAGCCUCCCUGCCCUCUGCCGGGGCUGCCGCUGCCCGGGAGAAAAGCACUAGCUCUGGCCAGAGCCAACAGAGUUGGAGGGAUUAGUUUGGUACGACAGAGCCUGGCACCUCUGCAGAGAGCUUUCCUAAUAAAAAUGUAUUUCUU